CUUAAGCGGGGGGGGGGAAGAGGACACACGAAGUUGCCUUUCGCCCGCUCGCUCUCCUUGGACUAAUGUUAAGGCACCGAGAAACAUAUCGGCCAUCCGCAGCGCUGCAUGAUGGGAGAUGUAGUUUGCGACUGCCUCAGAAACGCAGGAUCGUAGUCAAGCAGAACUACAAGCUCCGACAUGCUCGGCGGAUCGCCAUUUGUAUGCUGUGAACGUCAACAUAACAAACGUACAGUAAAUGUCGCCGUGCGAACUUGUUGGAAGAGACCAAAACACGAAAUGAGGAAACGAUCAAUGCCUAAAACUAAAUAACUGACACCCGUUUCCUUUUCUUUUGUAAGAAAUCCCCCUUCCUGAAAGCGUAAAUUGUUUACAUAUUGAUGGAGUGACAACCAUGGAUUACGAUUUUAAAACGAAACUGGCAGCGGAGCGAGAGAAAGUAGAAGAUCUGUUUGAAUAUGAAGGUUGCAAAGUGGGUCGUGGGACCUAUGGUCAUGUUUAUAAAGCAAAGAGAAAAGAUGGGAAUGAGGAGAAAGAGUAUGCUCUUAAACAGAUUGAAGGAACUGGAAUUUCCAUGUCUGCAUGCAGAGAGAUUGCGUUGCUGCGAGAAUUGAAGCAUCCCAAUGUGAUUGCCUUGCAGAAGGUAUUUCUUUCACACAGCGACAGAAAAGUAUGGCUCCUGUUUGAUUAUGCAGAACAUGAUUUAUGGCAUAUUAUCAAGUUCCAUCGUGCCUCAAAAGCAAAUAAGAAACCAGUGCAGCUGCCUAGGGGAAUGGUUAAAUCACUGCUUUAUCAAAUACUUGAUGGAAUUCAUUAUCUACAUACAAAUUGGGUUCUCCACAGAGACUUGAAACCAGCAAAUAUCCUUGUAAUGGGUGAAGGGGCAGAACGAGGGCGUGUGAAAAUAGCUGAUAUGGGUUUUGCAAGACUGUUUAAUUCUCCACUAAAGCCUUUGGCUGAUUUGGAUCCAGUGGUGGUAACAUUUUGGUAUCGUGCACCAGAGUUACUGCUGGGAGCCAGGCAUUACACAAAGGCAAUUGAUAUUUGGGCAAUUGGGUGCAUUUUUGCAGAACUUUUAACAUCAGAACCCAUCUUUCAUUGUCGCCAGGAAGAUAUCAAAACAAGUAACCCUUUUCAUCAUGAUCAGUUGGAUCGUAUUUUCAGUGUUAUGGGAUUUCCUGCUGAUAAAGAUUGGGAAGAUAUCCGCAAAAUGCCCGAAUACCCAACUCUGCAGAAAGACUUUAGGAGAACAACCUAUGCGAACAGCAGCCUCAAUAAGUAUAUGGAAAAACAUAAAGUCAAGCCUGACAGUAAAGUAUUUCUCCUGCUACAAAAGCUCCUGACUAUGGAUCCAACAAAGAGAAUUACAUCUGAACAGGCUCUUCAGGACCCCUACUUCUUAGAAGAACCUUUGCCAACUACAGAUGUAUUUGCAGGUUGUCAGAUUCCAUAUCCAAAGCGAGAAUUCCUAAACGAAGAUGAACCAGAAGAAAAAGGUGAUAAGCAGAAUCCACAGCAAACUCAGCAACACCAGCAGACAACACAACAGAAUCAGCAACAACAGCAGGCCACCCAGCAACAAAACAGCACGCAAACCAACGGGACAGCAGCUGGGGGAGGAGGUGGUGCAGGAGGAACUGGAGGAGGCUUGCAGCAUAACCAGGACAGUGGUCUCAAUCAGGGACCUCCAAACAAGAAGCCUCGUAUAGGUACAUCAGCCACAACUUCUGGUGGAUCUGCCGUGACUGCUGAUUACCAGCAUGCUGGUACCCGCCUGAGUUACCAAAGCAAUGUUCAGGGUUCUUCCCAGUCCCAGAACAACACUGGGUAUGCUUCUUCAACUCAGCAGAGCUCUCAGUAUUCACAUCAGACCCACAGGUACUGAUUAGCACUGCUGGCAGAAAGAACUUCAAAGGAACACCUUCAGCAAUAUUAUGGUAAAAGGUUCCUGAAGGAAGAGUCCAAUGAACUUGAUGAUGCACGUACAUUUUCUUGUAUUCAGUAGUAUAAACUUGCAUUAUUCAGUGAAGAUUAUUAGAAAAAAAUUAUUAAUGAAAUAAUGUUCUGACAGUCUGGAAUUUUCAAUUAUCAACAACUGCACUGGGAAGCUACCGAUCAUGGUCAUUUCGGUGAAGUUAUGUGUAAAUAUCUUUUAAAAAGCAAGAAGAUUAAUUUGAACACAGCACUUGAGCUCCUUUACAAGAAGCAGGUAAAAUGUGUUCACUUUGUAUUUAAAACAGUUUUUUGAUGCUUUCACAAGGCUUUCGUGUUGAUUCUCCUAAACCUAAAUGUAGGAAUUCAACUUUUUAAGCUUAUUGUGAAAAAAAUAUUUAAAUACAUAUACACAUCAUGUUUAGGUACAUUAUUAAUCUCUUAGCUCUUUAAGCACUAUAUGAUUUUGUGUAGAUAGUGGUUUUGAUUUAUUUUUUAAACCUGUACUUUUAAUUAAAAGUAUUUUUUCCAUUUUGUUAUAUAUUUUAGUAUGUUCAGCAGAACAGUUUUCUUUGUUUGCCCUGCUUUGAUGUUUAAAUUUCAGUAACUCAGGUGUAAAAAGAGGUCUUAAUAGCAGUAGCAGCAAGUGUGAAAAAUAAUUUUUCUGUUUUGUUAUAGCAGUGUAGAGGCCAGCGUCCAUAUCAGGCCUCAGCUUUUCUCCAGGAAAGUUAGCUGCUUAUUAUAUUGUGCUUUAAUGGACCCCCAUGUUUUGCAGAGCAAAUUUCCAGCAUUGAGCUUCAUUCACUUGCCGUAUGUGGAUGUAGAGGGAAGUGUGUUUGAUGUCAGCACUAAUAGAUUUAUAUCCCUGAUCCAGGAGAUAAAAAUUGUGGAAACCACAAAUCAGAUGCACCAACCUAAGUGCCUGAAAUGCCAGUAUGUGUUUUCGUGAGCUAAGUCUGCACGACUGGAGCUCAGAUUAUAAAAUGUAAUAAUGCAUCUCUACAUCUUCUAAACAUUCAUCCCAGUCUUCCUUAUUUUCAUAGCAAUGUGCCCUAUCAUUUUGAGCCUCCAGCUAGCCAGUUUCUCAGGGAGCCUUCAAUUUUUAUUCAACUCUCUUUCUGCCAAACAUAUACUUCCACAGACUUUGUAUAACAUACAGCAUGACGCUUUUACAGCUCAGGGCGUCAAAGUUUAUUUCCGACGUCUUCUGUAAGGAUUCUGUACAUCCUCCCAAGUGGAAUGUGUGAGUUUCUCUGGGUGCUGCGGUUUCCUCCCACAGUCGAAAGAUAUGCCGGUUAGUAGGUUGAUUGGUCGUUGUAAAUUGUCCCAUGAAUAGGCUAGGGUUAAAUGGGGGGGUCGAAGGGCCGGAUGGGCCUAUUCCGUGUUGUUUCUCAAUAAAUAAAAUAGAUAAAUACAGACUUUUAUGGUUCUGCAGGAACUGUGGUUGACACUAUUGUUAGCCAUUUCUCACAGAAGUUACUUGUCUGAUCUUGUUACAAUUCUAUAAACAAAUUGACACUAUUGGCAGAAUAAAACACAACUUGAAACAUUUAACAUCUUUUUUAUUAAAACAUUAUAUUUAUUUUAAUCUUCCAGCCAUUAUGAUUUUCAGCAUUUGUUGUGUAAAAUAUUGACUUCUUAAAAACAUCAACCUGCAGUAUAAUGCAAUUUAUCUGUCAUGUCAAGGCAUUUUAAAAUACACCAAUUCUAAAACUGCUCUCAUUACACCAUAAGACAGUACCUGCCUUCCAUAGCUCUGCUCAUAUACUGAAGCUAACUAUUUCCAAACUCUUUAAGCUUGGUAUGUAACAAAAUACCAUUACUAAUAAAUGAACUGUCCUCAUUAUUUGUGAGGGAUAUGGGGACAAGUAACAAAAAAGCGCAGGUACCACCAAGGCCAUUGACUGUGACACUAAAAGAUAUGCAGUCAGUCUCUCCAUGGAUAUAGUAACCACAACAAAAGUUUAAGUUUGUGAAGACAAGCUAAAUUAUAUAAAUACUCUGGAAUCUGACUGCUGCUAUAAAAACACUCACGUUCUGGUCCCAUUGUUCCCAAUCACUCCCCUGACUUUGGCUACACACUGACUAUAAUAUUUCACAUAUAGUCCAAAAGCACAACAGUGCUGGAAAUAUUCAACAGGUGGAAAUGCAUUUGUGGAAAAAGAAACAGAAUUAAUGAUAAAGAUGGAAGUUUUUUUAAAUGAAAGAGAAAAUUGAUAGCUCAAGUUGGCUCCUUGUUUGUAGGGUUGUUUGCCAAGCCUGGAGGUUAGAUCACAAACAUUUAAUCACCAGUCAAUCAGUGCGCAUUUGAGUAUUGUUUCUGCCAAGUACUUGUGUUUAUAUUGGUCUAGUUCACUGUUCUGACUGAUUGACUGUUGUACUGGUCGCUAGUCUCUGCUGGGUCCAGGGAUACAGGCCAGCAGAGAUCACUCAGCUAUCUGACUGGCCGGAAUCCAGCGGAGA